AUGGAAGUGAAGAAUAAAUACAUAGUGAUAAAGCAUCAAAUUAAAGAUGCACCCAAAGUGUCCAACCUUGAGGUCAAAACUGGGACAAUUGUUCUGUCCCUUGCGUCAGGGUCUGAUGAUAUCAUCAUCAAGAAUCUCAGAUAUGCCAUAAAUUUCGACACUUUUAUUGCUAUUGAUGGUGUUGUCGUUGGAAAAGUUGUGGCUUCGGGGAAUGCCAAGUUUAAGAAAGAUGACCUGGUGUUGGGAGUAUUCACCUGCGCAGAGUACAGUUUGAUCAAAGAAGAGAGUAUUCUAAGAAAAUUAGAGUCAGUCACAAUCCCUAUAUAUGGGACUGAGGUUUUAGGAUUCAACGGACUGUCAGCUUAUGCUGGGUUUUUUGAAUUGUGUAAACCCCAAAAGGGUGAAAAGGUCUUUGUCUCAACAGCUUCUGGAGCAGUUGGAAAUUUGGCAGGGCAAUAUGCAAAGCUUUUAGGUUGCUAUGUUGUUGGUUGUGCAGGAAGCCAGAGAAAGGUGAGGUAUUUUCCUGAUGGAAUUGACAUAUAUUUUGACAAUGUUGGGGGUGAGAUGCUUGAGGCAGCGGUUGCUAGUAUGAGGAUAUUUGGAAGAGUGGCUGUUUGUGGGGUAAUAUCUGAGUAUACAGGUGGUGGAAAGAAAGCUUCACCAAACAUGUUAGAAAUUGUGUACAAGAGAAUCAACAUCAGAGGAUUUUUGGCCGCUGAUUUUCUGAAUGUUUUUGAAGAUUUUUUCGCAAAAACUUUGGAUUAUCUUCGUACAGGAAAGUUAGAGGUGAUUGAAGACAUUUCAUUGGGUGUGGAGAGCAUCCCUUCUGCUUCUGUUGGACUCUUCAAAGGGGAGAACAUUGGAAAGAAAAUUAUAAAUUUAGCAGAAGAGUGA